ACAGUGGUGGAGAAGAUGCCCUCCUGGGCCCUCUUCAUGGUCUCCUCCUGCCUCUUCCUGGCCCCUCAAAACCUGGCACAAGUCAGCAGCCAAGAUGUCUCCUUGCUGGCCUCGGACUCAGAGCCCCUGAAGUGUUUCUCCCGAACAUUUGAGGACCUCACUUGCUUCUGGGAUGAGGAAGAGGCAGCACCCAGUGGAACAUACCAGCUGCUGUAUGCCUACCAGGGGGAGAAGCCCCGUGCCUGCCCCCUGAGUUCCCAGAGCGUGCCCCGUUUUGGAACCCGAUAUGUGUGCCAGUUUCCAGACCAGGAGGAAGUACGCCUCUUCUUUCAGCUGCACCUCUGGGUGAAGAAUGUGUUCCUGAACCAGACUCAGACCCAGCGAGUGCUCUUUGUGGACACUGUAGGCCUGCCGGCUCCCCCGAGUGUCAUCAAGGCCAUGGGCGGGAGCCAGCCAGGGGAACUCCAGAUCAUCUGGGAGCCCCCAGCUCCAGGUUUCAGUGAUUUCCUGAAGUAUGAACUCCGCUAUGGCCCCAAAGAUCCCAAGAACUCCACUGGUCCCACGGUCAUACAGCUGAUCGACACAGAAACCUGCUGCCCUACUCUGCAGGGGCUACGCUCAGCCCUUGUUGUGGACCAGCCUCCAUGUCCUCAACCCACAAUGCCCUGGCAAGAUGGAUCAAAGCAGCCCUCCCCAACUAGAGAAGCUUUAGCUCUGACUGCAGUGGGUGGAAGCUGCCUCAUCUUAGGACUCCAGCCUGGUAACUCCUACUGGCUGCAGCUGCGCAGCCAACCUGAUGGGAUCUCCCUCCAUGGCUCCUGGGGAUCCUGGUCCCUCCCUGUGACUGUGGACCUGCCUGGGGAUGCAGUGGCAAUUGGACUGCAAUGCUUUACCUUGGACCUGAAGAAUGUUACCUGUCAAUGGCAGCAACAGGAGCAUGCUAGCUCCCAAUGCUUCUUCUACCACAGCAGGGCACGGUGCUGCCCCAGAGACAGGUACCCCAUCUGGGAGAAUUGUGAAGAGGAAGAGGAAACAAAUCCAAGAUUACAGACCCCACAGUUCUCUCGCUGCCACUUCAAGUCACAAAAUGACAGUGCUAUUCACAUCCUUGUGGAGGUGACCACAGCCCUGGGUGCUGUUCACAGUUACCUGGGCUCCCCUUUCUGGAUCCACCAGGCUGUGGGCCUCCCCACCCCAAACUUGCACUGGAGGGAGAUCUCCAGUGGGUAUCUGGAAUUGGAGUGGCAGCACCCAUCAUCCUGGGCAGCCCAAGAGACCUGCUAUCAACUCCGAUACACAGGAGAAGACCAUCAGGACUGGAAGGUGGUGGAGCCACCUCUCGGGGCCCGAGGAGGAACUCUGGAGCUGCGCCCGCGAUCUCGCUACCGUUUACAGCUGCGCGCCAGACUCAACGGCCCCACCUACCAAGGUCCCUGGAGCUCCUGGUCCGACUCAGCUAAGGUGGAGACCACCUCCGAGACCGCCUGGAUCUCCUUGGUGACCGCUCUGUUCCUUGUGCUGGGCCUCAGCGCCCUUUUGGGCCUACUGCUGCUGAGGUGGAAGUUUCCUGCGCACUACAGGAGACUGAGGCAUGUGCUGUGGCCCUCACUUCCAGACCUGCACCGGGUCCUAGGCCAGUACCUUAGGGACACUGCAGCCCCAAGUCCGCCCAAGGCCACAGUCUCAGAUACCUGUGAAGAAGUGGAACCCAGCCUCCUUGAAAUCCUCCCUAAAUCCUCAGAGGGGACUCCUUUGCCCGUGUGUUCCUCCCAGGCCCAGAUGAACUACCGAAGACUGCAGCCUUCUUGCCUGGGGACCAUGCCCCUGUCUGUGCGCCCACCCAUGGCUGAGUCAGGGUCCCCACGUUCCACCAAUAUCUCCAACCAUUCCUACCUACCACUAAGCUAUUGGCAACAACCCUGAGGACAGGCUCCUCACUCCCACUUCCCUGAGAGCUAAACCCUCCAGGCGCUCUGUGAACCUUCCUACCCUACCCCCACAACACAAGCACCCCAGACAUCACUUCCAUCCCUCUGUCUGCCCUUAUAGUUAGGCUUCAUCGCACUGAUCUUAGUCCACUGAUGCUGACAUAAAACCAGAACCCUUUCUCCACAGGCAGGCUCAUUUCACUAAACUCCUCCUUUACGUGCUUUCUCCUCUUUAAUGCCAAAUGCCUUGAAAACAAGCCUCCACUUCCCCACUUCCCAUUUACUCUUCAGACUACUUCAAUUAGUUCCCCUUCUACCACUUUGCUAGUGAAACUGCCCAGGCAAAGUUCACCUCACAUCUAAUUCGAAGAUCCAAUAGGAUCUCGUUAAUCAUUGGUUCCUUUGAUCUCUCUGCAAAAUUUGUCAUGGCUGCCUACUCACUUCUUUAAAUUAUUUCCUACCUUGGCUUCUAUAACUUGACCUUCCCUGCUGGCUCUGUUACUGCCUCUUUGAGUAUACCAGUAGCUUUUUUGUUUAAGACAGGGUUCCACUCUGUCACCCAGGCUGGAGUGUAAUGGCGCAAUCUUGCUCACUGUAACCUCCACCUCCCGGGUUCAAGCGAUUCUUGUGCCUCAACCUCCCUAGUAGCUGGGAUUAUAGGCACACACCAUCACACCCAGCUAAUUUUUGUAUUUUUAGUUGACAGGGAGUUUCACCAUGUUGCCCAGGGUGGUCUUGAACUCCUGACCUUGGGUGAUCCACCCACCUUGGCCUCCCAAAGCGCUGAGAUUACAGGCAUGAGCCAUCGCACCUGGCUGAGUAUACUAGUAGUUAAGAGAAUAAACUAGAUCUAGAGUCAACGCUGAAUUCAAUUCCUGUCCUUCACAUCUGCUAGGUGUGCAACCUUGGGCACAUAACUUAAUGUCUUUGAGCCUUCGUGUUCUCAUCUAUAAAACAGGCAUAAUAACAGCACCCCACAGAGUUGUGACAAGGAUUGAGAUAAUCUAAGUAAAGCACAGUGCCUAGGACAUAGUAAAUGAUUAAUAUAUCUGAACUACUGUUGUAAUUAUUCCUUCUUACUCUCUUCUUCUAGCAUUUCUUCCAAUUGUUACAGUCCUUCAAGAUUCCAUUUCUUAACAGUCUCCAAUCCCAUCUAUUCUCUGCCUUUAUUAUAUGUUGACCAUUCCAAAGUUCUUAUCUCCAGCUCAGGCUUAUACUGCAACCAACUGGUUAUGUGUCUGUCCCCUGCUACUAGAUUGUAAGCUCCUUGAGGGAAAGGACCAUGAAUUACUUGUCGUCUUCCCCCAGCACCUAGAGUACUGCUUGGUGCAUGAUAGUAGGCCUUCAAUAAAUUUUUUCUAAACAAAUGAAA